AUGGCUAAAUGUGGGGGAUGUGGAAAAUUUAUGCCCCAGAUGGAGAGUGUUCGAUGUCCGAAAUGCUGUACAGAUUUUCAUAGGGCAUGCGUAAAGAUAGCGGAUAAUGCGAGAAUCAGUGCCACUUGGAUCUGUCCUGGGUGUAAAAGCCGCUUACCAAAAGGGGAUAAUUCCGCAACACCUGUUAAGGGAUUAUUUUCAACAUCUUCACCCGGUGACGACAUGUCAAGUACAGGUGUGACGUCAAAAGAAGAAAGUACUAAUCUUCUUACCCUAGAGAUACGUUCUUUUCGGGAGGAUCUCCAGGCAGCCAGAGAUGACAUCAAGAAGGAAAUAAAAGAAAUGCGUCAAGAGAUCACUGAUUUUAAGGUUUCAUUAAAAUCAUGUAUGGAUAGACUUGAUGCCAUGGAAGACAGGCUUUCGUCUGUAGAAAAACGGUUUGAGCAGACAGUUCCGAUAGAAAACAACACUAUACAAGAUACUGUAAAUGAAUUACGUGUUCAAUUGCAAGAGCGCGACCAGGAAUUGCUCCUUAAUGACGUGGAAAUAGCUGGAAUUCCAGAAAACAAAGGAGAAACGCCGGUUCACCUUGUUAAGUUGGUUGCGAAAAAGUUAGGAAUGGAUGUUGACGAACGGGACAUUGUAUAUGCUGAACGUGUUGGGUUGUCUCGACUGAACAGAGUUGAUGAGAACGGAACUUCACCGUCUUAUCCGCGUCGCAUAGCCAUGCGCCUGGCACGCCGCUCCAUUCGCGAUCAAUUCUUGCAAGCAGCUCGAAUACGUCGCGUCAUCACAACAGCCGACCUGGAUUUGGGAGGAGCGCCUCAACGGGUGUAUAUAAACGAGCGCCUCACGCGCUUUUACCGACAGCUUUUCUACAAAGUGCGUGAAGUUGGUCGUCAUCACAAUUACAAGUAUGUCUGGACAAGGAACGGUAAGAUAUUUUUGAGGAAAGAUGACGGCAAGCCUGUUGAACGUAUACGUGACCUGAAGGUUAUUGAAAGAAUUUUUUCUUUACAAAUUGUUUGCUUCACAUCCAUAGCUUAA